AUGGCUGACGCCAAACCCAAAACUGAGAAGGAGCUGAAGAAGGAGGCGGAGAAGGCGGCGAAAAUCGCCAAAUUCGAGGAGAAGCAGAAGAAGCUCGCCGAGCAGAAGGCCAAAGCGGCAGCCAGUGAUAAGCCGGCUAAAGAGAAACUACAAACUACAUUAAUCUUGCAGACCAAGGCCAAAAAAGACCCAACCGCAAAUGCUAUCCCAGUAGACACCACUACCCCCGGCCAAAAAAAGGAUAUCUCCUCGGAAAUCCCCUCGGCCUACUCCCCAAGCUACGUCGAGUCCGCCUGGUACUCCUGGUGGGAGAAAGAGGGCUAUUUCAAGCCUGAAUACGUGGAUAAGCUGAAUCCAGGCUCCAAUACAGAGUCGUUCACCAUCUGUAUCCCACCUCCAAACGUCACAGGAACCCUCCACGUCGGUCAUGCCCUUGCGACUACUGUAGAGGAUACUAUCACCAGAUUCAAUAGAAUGCAUGGGAAACGAACGCUGUUCAAUCCAGGAUGUGAUCAUGCUGGAAUCGCAACCCAGGUCGUUGUCGAGAAACGGCUCAAAAGAGAGCGAGGAUUGACACGCCACGAUUUGGGUCGAGACCGGUUUAAUCAAGAAGUCUGGCACUGGAAGAAUGAGAAGGGAGAUGUGAUCUACGAUCAAUUCCGGAAGCUAGGAGCCUCUGUUGAUUGGGACCGUGCUGUGUUCACAAUGGAUCCAAAGAUGUGUCGUGCUGUUACAGAAGCGUUCAUUCAGAUGCAUGAGUCUGGAACGAUCUAUAGAUCUAAUAGAUUGGUCAACUGGAGUUGUGCGCUGAGAUCUGCGAUUUCAGACAUCGAAGUCGACAAGAAGGAGCUCACUGGAUCCACCCUGAUCGCUGUCCCUGGCUACGACCAGAAAAUCGAAUUCGGUGUCUUAAACUCCUUCGCCUACAAAAUCGAAGGAUCCGACGAAGAGAUCGUCGUCUCCACGACUCGUAUCGAAACCAUGCUCGGAGAUUCUGGAAUCGCCGUUCAUCCAGACGACCAACGCUACAAGCAUCUCGUCGGAAAGAAGUGCAUCCAUCCAUUCAUCGCUUCUAGAGAACUUCCGAUCUUCGCCGAUAGCUUUGUUGAAAUGGAAUUCGGUACAGGAGCCGUCAAAAUUACUCCAGCCCACGAUCACAACGAUUACGAGGUUGGAAUGCGUCAAAAGCUUCCAUUCCAUAACUGUAUCACUGAUGAUGGAUUGAUCUCUAAUGGCUGUGGAGAAUUCUCAGGAAUGAAGCGUUUCGACGCCAGAAACGCUGUUAUUGAAGCUCUGAAAGCCAAGGGUCUCUACAGAGGAAAAGAGGACAAUCCAAUGGUGGUCCCAACUUGCUCUAGAUCUAAAGAUGUCAUUGAACCUAUCCUCAAGCCUCAGUGGUACGUAAAAUGCGACCAUAUGGCUGAGAAAGCCAUGUCCGCUGUUGCCAAUGGCGACCUUCAAAUCAUUCCGGAAUUCCAUAAAGCCACGUGGAACCGUUGGUUGGAAUCCAGCAGAGAUUGGUGCAUCUCUAGACAACUCUGGUGGGGACACCGUAUCCCUGCGUACUAUGUCAGUUUUACUGACAAACGGGAGCAACCACUGGCAGAGGAGGAGUAUUGGGUUUCGGCGAAAACCGAGGAGGAGGCUCGUCAGAAGGCGGCGAAGAAGUUCCAGGUGGCAGAAGACUUGAUUCAGCUAAAAUGGGAUGAGGAUGUGUUGGACACGUGGUUCUCGUCUGGAAUGUGGCCGUUUGCCGUGUUUGGAUGGCCUGAUAACACCAAGGAUAUGGAUUUGUUCUUCCCGUCGGCUGUGCUGGAGACUGGACACGAUAUUCUGUUCUUCUGGGUCGCGAGAAUGGUGUUUAUGGCGCAGGAGUUGACUGGAAAGUUGCCGUUUAAGGUAAUUAAAGGGGUUAGGAUUUUGAAAAAAGAGAUCCUCCUCCACGCAAUGAUCCGUGACGCUCAUGGUCGUAAAAUGUCCAAAUCCCUCGGCAACGUCAUCGACCCUCUCGACGUCAUCCGUGGAGUCACCCUAGAAGGCCUCCAAGCCCAACUCCUCUCCGGAAAUCUCGAUGAGAAGGAGAUCGCCGUCGCGAAAGCCGGACAAGCCAGAGACUAUCCAGAUGGAAUUCCAGAGUGUGGAGUCGACGCUCUCCGUUUCGCACUUCUGAAUUACACGUCACAAGGAAGAGACAUCAAUUUGGACGUGCUUCGUGUCCAGGGAUACCGUUUCUUCUGUAAUAAAAUCUGGCAGGCCGUCCGUUUCUCUCUGAAUCAAUUCAAUGAGAAACCAGAGCAGAAGCCGACUUUUAAUAUUGAUUUAUCCAAAGCCACGCCCACUGAUAAGUGGAUUCUUUCGAAGCUAGCUAAGGCGGUCAAGGAGACCAAUGAGACUUUGAAGGUCUACAAUUUCACCCAGGCAACGUCUAUUACCUACAAUUUCUGGUUGUACGACUUCUGUGAUGUCUACAUUGAGGCUAUUAAGCCAGUUCUCUAUGGAGACAACCCAACCCUCCGCCAAAUCGCCAUCUCCGUCCUCCACCUGUGCGUUGACACUGGUCUCCGUCUGAUCUCCCCACUGAUGCCAUUCAUCUCGGAAGAACUUUGGCAACGGCUGCCACGUCUCGCUGAUUCUGAUUACUCGGCUCCAUCGAUCAUGGUUGCUCAGUAUCCAUUGACAGAGAGAUACGAGAAGUAUCAGAAUGAUAAGCUGGAGGCCGCAUUUGAAUUCGCUAAGGAGGUCGUCGGAAAAGUCAGAUCUCUGAGAGCUGAUUAUGAUUUGACAGCGAGAACCAAGAUUACUAUCCAAAUCCUCGCCGAAACCGCCGACGAUCAAUCGAUGCUCAACGAUCUGUCCGAUGUGAUUGCCACGUUGACAUGGAGCAAGAGUGUCACAAUUUUGGCGAAAAGCGAGAGCGACAAAAUUGAGAAAGGUUCCGCCCACAUUGCAUGUGGAUCUCGUUGUCAAGUCUAUAUCAAUCUCACUGGGAUCAUCGAUACUGUCAAGGAGGUGGGUCAGAAUGAGUCAAAAUUCAUCGAAAAGCUCGGCGCCAAACUGCAAAAGAAUCAAAUUUCGGUGAAAAAGAUCUCGGAUAUUCAAUCCACUGCCGACUACGAGCAAAAGGUCCCGUCUGGAAUUCGUGCCCGUGAUCAGGAGAAGAAAGCCUCACUGGAAAAGGAAAUCGAGAACAUCACGGCGGCGAUUGCUCAGCUUAAAGCGCUCAACUAA